AUGUCAAACUCUACCCAAAACACUUAGUCCUUUAAGUUUCGAUCCAAAAUAAGGUAUCUAUUCUAAAUCACAAACCCCUCAAGUUUCUUCUAGGAGACUCAACAGCCAACCAAAAUCAUCAAACAUUACAAAGAAGAACUCAAAAAUAUAUUAGACUAUCUCCAAGAUCGAGCACCCCUCCUCCCCAUCUCUAAACCAAAUCAAACCACACUCUACAUCCAAACCUAUUACAAAAUUGGCUACAAAAGCACUUUUUGUGAUGAAACCAAAGAUCACUUUGAAAAUUUAAUUGAGGAAAUUAAAUUAAAUAUAUUCAAAAAGUACCCAUUCAUCUCCAUUAUCCAUGAAAAACUCAAACAACACACUCAACAACACCAUGUUCACAUACAAUUUUAACAACUAAAUGAAACACCCCUUGUCUUAUAUUCCAAACAACACUCCAAAGAACAACUAACACCAAAACUGAUAUCUGAUCUUAUCUGGCUUUCCUUGCAUAAAUUCAAUCUCACCAUCAAUCUUGAUUGCACCAACAAAUACAUCCAGUCCUUAAAAGAAGAUCAGAAUCAGUAAAACAAUAUCCUAGAGGCAGUGAAGAUUACCAUCCGCCAAAAGGAAUUAAAUUAAACGCAGAUUGAAAAACAUUCCACUCCCAAAAAAUCAACUCAAAACAUCCACUCUAUUUUUAACAGCAUGUCCAAAACUGAAACUCAUAAACCUCAAGACACUUAAAUUAGAUCAUUUUACUCUCCUAUCAAAGCACAACCCACAAAUAAUCAAAAUGUUAUCAGAUUAUUUUCACAAACACAAACUGUCAAUUCAAAUAAUCAAGCUCUAUUCAAUGAUCUAAUAUCGAACAUUAAUUACGAAGUCGAAGUAACUGGUACUUAAAUUCAAUCAGUUAAGCAAGUCUUGAAUUUGUAACAGAUAUAUCAAGAGAAUUAAGAUUCUGCCAAUGUGUCAAUUACUCUCAAUCGCAGUGAUCUCAUCAAGUGCAUCAUCAAAGCACCUGAGGAUUCGACUGUCAAUGUCUUAAUUUCUAAUCAUAAUGCCAAAACCCUAUCCUAUGAUUACACUCAAUAAGCCUACAUAUUUUAUGGUAAGCAAUAGGAAGAGUACACAGUAGAAGUAAAUAAGAAGGACUACUUCGAACAAAGACGCUCCAUUUUCCUAUAAGGGAAUUCAGAUGUCAUUAUUCAAUUUGAUUUAAUCAGUUAGGUGCAAACAACCAUGAAAUUCAGAGUAUACGAUUUAAUACAACAAGAGGAAAAUAAUGUAAUAGAUAAUUGUAAAUUGGAAAUUACAAAAAUUAAUUCAAAUGACGAACCCUUGAUUGGAAUUACUAAUGAUUAAGGCAUUUUUAUGUGUUAAGGAGUUAUGUUCAAUAAAAUCAAGGUUUAAGCCUCAAAAAAAGGAUUUCUAAAUAUAUCAUAUGAAUUUGAUGUUAAUGCAAAUAAGGCAGGUGAAUUUUAUUAAAUCCCUAUGAUUCCUGAUUAUUAUAGUUUGAUCAACUAAUAUCAUAUUCUAAUUUAUAUACCUAAUUCUAAUAAUUAUUAGUUAGAUUUUAAUAUGAUUUGUUCAGAUGGUAUUAAGUUAGAUGCAAAAAAUAGAGUCCAUCAAAAUUUGAAAUCAAAAUUGGAUGUAAAAAAACUAAAUUAAAACAGUAUGUUAUAUAAUUUUUCUCUGCACAUCUCAUGUUUGAAUCCAUUCGUAAAUAACAAUCAAUUUUAAUUCAUAAUUGGCAAUCAAGUAAAUAAAAGAAAACCGACUAACUCACCAAAUGAAGCAACGAUUAAAGAGAAUAACGCUAUUAGAUAUCUGACUGAUGUCGCUGCUUAACGUAUAAUAAACUAUGGAAUUGAGGAGUCGAUUAGAAUUUUCAUAACCUAUGGACAUUUGGUUAUUGAUACCUAGGUUAUAUCAACUAAUUAAUUGUUGCAAUAAGAAAAAUGCUUUGGAAUUAUUGAUUUGGAUAAAAGACAUUUGGUAAAAGAAAAUGAAAUUAUUUAGCAAACCAAGAAAUAACAAAAUAUCAAGAAAGUAAAUACUUCUUUCGAUAUGACUACAAUUUUAUCACAAAUUACUAACCAAUAAGUUAACAAAUGA